AUGAAACCUUUAACGAAGCUAGCGGUAUAUACCACCACACCCAUAUUCUACGUAAAUGCGAAACCACAUUUGGGGCAUUUCUAUUCGAUGACUUUGGCUGAUGUAAGAAACAGGUGGUGUAAGCUCAAUAAUCGUGAAACAUUCUUUACGACAGGUACAGAUGAACAUGGAUUGAAGGUCCAGAAUGCAGCACAAGCGGCAAAUACCGAUCCUAAAUGCUUCUGUGACGAUUUAGCCGAUAAAUUCAAGGAACUAGCCAAAUUGGGUCAGAUCAAGUUUGAUAGGUUCAUAAGGACAACCGAUCUCGACCAUUAUAAUGCUGUAAAUCAAUUUUGGAAUACGGUCAAUGCAAAUGGUUAUAUAUACAAAGGUAUACACAGCGGGUGGUACUGUGUUUCUGAUGAAACCUUUUAUCCUGAAAAUGAUAUCAUGGAAUCAGUUGAUCCCAAAACGGGGAAGAAGAUAAUGAUUUCCAAAGAAACACAAAACGAGGUUGUCUUUCAAUCAGAAGAGAACUACUUUUUCAAACUGUCAAACUUUCAGAACAAGUUGCUAGACUUUCUGAAGAAAAAUAAGAAUUUUAUCCAACCAAAGAAAUACCAUGAUUUCAUUAUUAACGAACUAGAGACUAGGGAAUUAACAGAUUUAUCCAUUUCAAGAUCAUCUCAAAGGUUGGAGUGGGGAAUACCUGUUCCAAAUGAUGACACUCAGAAAAUUUAUGUGUGGUUCGAUGCCCUAAUCAACUAUCUAACUUCUGAAGGGUAUCCAAAUGCCAAGGAAAUGCCACAACCAACCCACCUAAUUGGUAAGGACAUCAUUAAAUUUCAUUGUAUAUACUGGCCUGCAUUCCUCAUGGCUGCAGGAAUCCAGUUGCCGAAACAGGUUGUAGUUCAUGGUCAUUGGCUGAUGGGCGGAAGAAAGAUGAGUAAAUCUAGGGGUAACGUUGCUGAUCCUAUUGCUAUCUCGAAUUAUUAUGGUAGUGAUUCUUUAAGAUUGUUCAUGAUGAAGUACUCUGUUCUAGACUCUGAUGGUGACUAUAGCGAGGAAAGCUUAAACAACUUGCGUAGUGAGUUUAUUGACAAAUUUUGCAAUCUAAUGAUAAGAUCUUUAUCCAAGAAUUUUUCAAUCGAAAGGGCCCUAUCAAGACUAGAGAAUAAGAACUUUGAAUCUUUGUUGGAUGCAAAUAGUGAUGUAUCUUUUAAAGAAAAUCUAAUAUCUAUUCGUGAUCAAAUCAAUAGCUUGAAAGCUGAUAUUGAUGAUGACAUAACAAAUUUCAACAUGCACAAAGCUGUCCAAAAGAUUUUCAAUUUUGGUCCUAUCAUCAAUGGAUUAUUUGAUACUUACGAGCCAUGGACUUUGAAGGUAAAACCUAGCGAUGACGAGGAGAUUGUGACAGCAAAACAAUUGAAACAAGACUUGAUUAUUUUCACAGCUUUGGACUCGUUAAGAGUCAUUCUAAUUUUACUUCAACCUAUUAUUCCGGUGUACUCUAAUCUGCUCUUGGAUAGAUUGAAGGUUGAUCGUGGAAGAAGAACCAUCGAAUAUGCAGCUUUAGGGAAGGAUUUAUGCUACGGAAAAGAUGCAACGUUUAAAAAAGGCCAGAAUGUUCCUCUAACCAAACUAGAAUUAAAGGACGCCUAA